CGCUACUUGCCGUUGCUGUAAGGAAGUAAGGAAGUAACGAAGGUAACAACCGUCACCGUUGAAGAUGUUCGUGUCCCUUCCUGUCAGUUUUAUAAUCUGUACUGACUUGUGAAGCUGUGAAAUAAGCCAUUCUGUUGGUUGAUAUUUUGUCUAAUAAAGAAGCUGAAUGCGGUGACUAUUCGUGAGUAAGAUAUAGGUCAUGGAGCCUGUUAGAUGGCCAGCACUGCCACCUGCUGAGGCGGGACCCAGUGCCAAGUCUCCACGAGAAGACAGGCCACCUGCUUCAGCAAACAGCCCCACACUUGAAAGGGAGAAAUCUGCAACACCAACAAAUGAGCACCCUUCCUCGCCAGAGCCAAACUGUGCCAUCUGUUUGGGAAAGUCACAGAACAAAUCAUUUACUGACAGUUGCCUGCAUCAGUUCUGUUUCAACUGUCUCCUGGAGUGGUCAAAGGUAAAACCAGAGUGUCCACUCUGCAAGCAGAGCUUUAAGUCCAUCAUUCACAAUGUGCGCUCCAAUGAGGAUUAUGACCAGUAUCAUUUGCAUCCCGCAUCAGAGAACCCAUACCCAUGGUUAAACAUGAUCAACAUGGACAUGGCACAGCAGCGGUUCAGAUACAGAUCCACUCUGACACCUGACCGUCACCUAGAGAGAGUAAUGGGAUAUCUGGAACAUGAUCUGCAGCGCAGAGUGGAACCUGGUGAUGUCGUGCCAACUCAGAGAAGCUGGCGUCAAUGGCGUGGAGUGGCACCACCUGAAUUUAGAAGGAAUGUGUACAGCCAGAACCUGUGGCUCACCUCGCUCCUGAGUGUGGGUCAACCCAGGGAUGUCUCACCUCAGAACUUCAGGAAUCAUCCUGAGGAAAUGCAUCGUCUGAUUCCAUGGCUGAACCGAGAGCUGCAGGUAGUUAUGCGGAGCCCAGGGCUGGCAGCCCGUGUUUUGGAUCUUGUGAUCAGUCUGCUGCCCCAACAUCACAUACACUCAAGAGAGUUUCGAUCCCAGCUUGAGACCUACCUCAGAGAACACUAUAAUCACUUUAUCCAUGAGUUCUACGUUUUUGCUCGCUCACCUUAUGACAUGAUUGGCUUUGAUGAAAAUGCUCGUUACUCAGUACGCAAUAUCUCGAUGGAUAUGGUCCAUGAAGUUCUAUCUGACAGUUCCGACAGCGAUGUUGUAAUUCUCCCGUCAGAUGAAGGCCACCCUUCUUCCAGAUCUCACAACAUGAUGACUCCCGUAGCACCCCCUGGAUGCAGCUCUCCGGUAGCAGGACCUUCCAGGGUGGUACUGCCUGUAGACCAGGCAAGCAACAGUGAUGUCAACAAUGCAAGCAGUUCCCACAGUGAUAUAUCUCUAUCUGGAGACAUACAGGAUUUCACCAGAAGCAGAGAAGUUGCAGAGGUUGAACCUUUGCAGUCUAACGAUGGGAAUGAUUCAGAUGGCUGUGUUGUUGUGGGUUAUGUGAAGCCUCGUCAUGAGAGGACACCUGAGAUCAUCACUCUGCUGUCAUCUGAACCAGAAGCAGAAGAGGAUGAUGUGAUUGAGAUGUCCCAGAUGGCAUGCACAGGGUGCUAUGACCGCAGUUAUGGUUACGAACUUUCUUCGACUAGCUCCCCAGAGUCAUCGGGAUCAGAAUACGAUCCAUACCCUGUUCGUAAAUCACAGAAGAAAAAGCGAAAGAAGAAAAAGAAGAAGAAAAUUCAGAGGAAGGGGAAGUUAGGCAGUGCAGCAAAGUCUAAGGCUAGAACCAGUCGUAAAGAUGAUAAAAUUGCAGCAACUUCUACAAAGAAGAAAGGUCAUAGUAAAGCAGAAUACUCCAAUAGCGAUUCUGAUUCAUCAGCAUGCACGUGUACUGGUAAGAAGUCUGUACGGCGGAGGAGAGCGCGGUCAUUUUCCUCCUGUAGCAGCUCCAGCAGUGUCAGCAGAUACAGUCGCAGUUCCAGCAAUGCCAGCAGAAUCAGUCACAGUUCCAUCUCCAGCAGUAACAGCAACCCCACUUACAGGUCUCAGAAAUCACGUAGCAGCUGCACGAGACACAGAAUCAAACAUUCGCCAUGCAGGAACAAAAAGGAGUCAUGGCGCAUACAAAUCAACAUGCCAGACAUGAGGCAGGAGCAUGACUACUCGGACACUGGCUGUGAGUCUCGUUCCACAUCUGAUAUAAACGGCAGCCUUCAGAGGGGAAGUUCUAAUGGGCGACCUAAGUUGCGCAGUAUUGUGAUCACACGGGCUGCAAAUUGUAAUAGCAAGUACCAAGCAUCUGAGAGUAGCAGCCAUGACAAGCUACAAAAAAGUUCAACCCUGAAAAGCAAAUCACAUCGACAAGAAGAAGCACAGAAGAAAGUGAAAAAUGAACCCAGUAUAGCACCUUCUACAUUGAGCAUCAGUCGCCCACACCACAGCGGUGAUUCACAUUCCUCUCAUUCUUCUCACAGGUUUGAAGGAAGCAACAGAUCCUUGAGUAAAUCAAAUGGAAGCACUAGACAGAAGCACAGCAAGGAAAAUGGGAGGAGGAAGGAAAAGGUGGCGGACAAGAAGCAGAGGGGCUCAGGGUCUUCUUUAGAAAGAGAGGCACAUGAGACAAAACCAAAGAAACGAAAAAGAAUCUUGCCUUCAUUUUCUGAAUCAUCAAAUGACUGAGAUUGAUACACUGAUAACUGUAGUUUGAAUAAGUUGAUCAUUCCCAAUUUUAAAUGAAAGGGUGGACUCAGUUCCAGUGUGAAUAUUUUGUAUAAAGGUGCACAGUUUCAUGUUUCGAUACUUGUGGUGUUAACAAUAAUUGUGCUGUUUACACAGCCUGCAUCUGAGACAAGGAGAACUCAUGUGCGGUGUUCAUUGAGGCAUUUACUCUGCCAUGUGCAAUUGCAACCGAUACCUGGCUGCAUGGAAACAGAUGCAGCUGGAUUUAAUUCUGUGUAAAUUAUGUACUUCAUAGUUUGAUUAUCUGAUCCCUGGAGGACAUUUAAUUCUUGAUUGGAACUUUGUUGAAGGAUAUUCUGCCAGGAGAUUUUAAUUUCAGUAAAAUUAAUAAAGUAUUCACUUCACAUGGUA